AUGGUUCUGAUCAAGCAGCUGAGUGAGAAACUGUCCUGGGGUAUCUUUGAGGAGAAUAUGAAAGACCUCAUCACAGAUGCUAUUAAGACAAGCACCAAAGAUUGGUGUGAGAAGCAAAUCCUGCUAUGCGAGGAGGUCCAUGAAGCCAAGAAGAACAUCCUCUUCCAAGACGAUGAAGACUUUGAAGGCGAUGACGGAGAGGAGACAGAGGAAUCCAAGAAAGUAGCCAUCCUAGUCAAUCUCAUUGAGAAUAUGAUCAACCAUGUUAAAGUCCAGAUCAGACAGCCAUCUACCAAUUAUAAGAAGGCAUUUGAUAUUGAUUUCACCAUGCUUAUACAUACAGAACUAGCUGACAAGAUCAUGGCUGAGAUCAACGAUGUUGUAUCCAGUGUGGGGAAGCUUUCCCGUAAUGACAGCCACCAGACGGCCAUUGCUCUCUUCUCACUCUACCUGGCUGUCAGGGGCUUCCAUACAGCGGCAGAUAGAUCGUAUCGUUCAGACUUGGAGACUAAGAACUAUCACAUGGUUUUCAAGAAGUCUGUGGAGCAAUGGUUUGAGCUCGCCAGGAGCAAGGCCAAAGCACGCAUACAGAAGGCUGUGGAAGUUGAUGAGUUGAGGCUUGUAGACUCUAUGGUGAAGCACAGUUCAUCCGCAGUAGAUGUCACAACUACUUUUGUUCAGAUCAAGGAAUUCUGGACCAAGCUGAACUGGCCGGAUAAAAAUGGAGCAUACGUCUUUGUUGCCAAGGUUACAGAUGAUAUUCGUCAGGGAGCUGUAGAUUAUGCAAACAUCAUCCACAGAAAGCUGAAUGAGAACAAGUUCUAUGAUGAUGAGGGUGAGUUUGACGUUACAGAUCAGCUCUGCAUAGCAGUCAACAACAUCGAGCAGGUGCGACGCUACCUCUCCAGCCUCCCCGUCCAGCUUGACUUCGAGCGCGUGCUCGACGGUCUCCUUAUCGAGCACGGGUCAGUGGGGUCCGAGCAGUGCGGACUGACCCUCCAUACCAUGCUUGCCAGUGCGGAUGAGGACAUGCUGAAUGUGAUCGGUAAGGUGGUCAGACACGUUGGUCAGAAGAUGGAGCCGGACUUCAGGAAGUACACAGCACCGCUCAUGUCGGCUCCACCCGAGUCCAACCUUGAUGUAGAGAUAACACCUUUAAUGGAGUAUCUUGAUAAAAAUCUCAACACGCUACACAGCUGUCUAUUGAAGGCGAACUUCCAAAUGUAA